UCUAUUAUUUCUGCUUCUGCUCCCAGCUCAUCAAAACCAUGAAGGAAAUUUCCUGUUUGCUAGUGAUAGCUGUGUUCUUUGUAGCACAUUCAUCAGCGGUGCCAGUCCCUGUUAACCAAGAUGGAAGCAACCAAAAGCUUGCAGAGGACUUUCUGACAAAAUAUUAUGGUAUGGAUGCAACCAAAGGCCGAAGUGACAAAGUCAUGGAAGAUAAACUCAAAGAAAUGCAAAUGUUCUUGAAACUGAAUGUCACUGGAAAGUUGGAUAAUGAAACAGUAAAUGCUAUGAAGAAACCAAGAUGUGGUAUGCCAGACAAAGGACAAUAUUCCACAUUCCCCAAUAGUCCUAAGUGGUCAAAGUCAACAGUUACAUACAGGAUUCUGAACUUCACUCCUGAUAUUUCAGCCAGCACUGUUAUCCAAGACAUAAGGGAUGCCUUCCAGGUUUGGAGUAAUAUGAUCCCAAUCACCUUUACCAGAGUUCUUUCUGGAACUGCUGACAUCUAUAUCUCCUUUGGACAAGGAGAACAUGGAGAUGGUUAUCCGUUUGAUGGUCCUUCAGGAACCUUGGCUCAUGCUUUUGCCCCAGGACCUGGAAUUGGAGGUGAUGCCCAUUUUGAUGAAGAUGAGACAUGGACAGCAGAUUCAAGAAACUAUAAUUUCUUUGAUGUUGCAGUCCAUGAGUUUGGUCAUUCACUGGGGCUGGAUCAUUCAUCCUAUACAACAAGUAUAAUGUAUCCUAUAUACCAGUAUAUUUCAAAGUCAAACUUCCGUCUUUCCUAUGAUGAUAUUCUCGGAAUACAGUCUCUGUAUGGAUCACGUGCUGGUUAAUCGCAUGGCACAUCACUGCAGCAUUAGCAUGCACAGAAAUACUACAAGGACAUGAAAACUCAGCAAUGAAUCAACUAGGAAACGUAACCUUCGACCUUAACCUUAAUAAAGCAGAAAGAACCUUUAUGCUUCCAUCUUGCAUAAAAAUGCAUCUGAAGUUCUUUUUUUCUCUAGUUCAUCUUUCAUGUAGAAUUUAGAAAUGUAACAUUUCUUAACUUAGAUCUUCUUUUAACUAUAGCAAAAAAUGCUAUUAGAAACAUUUUAAAGAAUGCCACACCCAUAAAUGUUAAUUAAAAUGAUAAUUUCUCUUUAAAUGAAUAGUAUCACAAGUGCAUGAUUUAUGUGGAAUACAUAUGUUAGUUUUGUAUUCCACUUGUAGUAUUGCACAUUCAUUUUACUUCUUUGUCAGUUUACAAUGACUGUCUUUGUGAAAUGACUGGUGUCAGAGCCAUCAAAUGAAACUUCGUACAACUUAUUUCCCAGAAGCACAAAUAAAUGAAAAAAUAAUGUGCAGAGUAAUGUUGUAUAAAACAAAAU